GCGAGACACUCUGGCUCAAAGUAACGGAGGGCUCGAGCGCGAGCUGAAGAGUUAGCCGGCUAGCUAGCAAGAAAGCACUGGUCACUGUCGCCAUUUUUUUUUUUUAAAUAAAUGUAAGUUUUAUAGUAGUUACUUAUUAUUUUAAACACUUAGUUGGAGUGUUAUACGACUAACUCAUUAAACCUAUACUGGUUUCCUCGGUCGGACUCUCGAAUUGGCGGAAUGGAUAUUAGCUGGCCAGCUAGCUGACAAGCUACCUUCGAGCUAGCAUCAAAGUUGUUGAAACUAGCCUUAGCCGCGUUUUUAAGCUGUGGUUUGUUUGUUUUAAUAUAGUUUCUGAGUCCAGUGAGAGUUGGUCGUACUUGAGUGGCCGUUUCUAAAGUUUCUGGAAACACAGGAGAGAAAUUCGGCUUGUGAAAGUGGGGAAACGAACCGCGGUCUCGUCGCCUGCUGUGUCCGGGCGCGAUGAUGCCCAACUCGCAGAAUCAGCUGGUGUUUCCCAACCAGCAGCAGCAACAGCAGCAGCAAUCUUUACAACACCUCCAGUUCCACGCUAAACCCGCGCUUCAGAUAAAGAAGAACGCCAUAACGGACGACUACAAGAUGACGAACCAAGUCCUGGGUUUGGGUAUCAAUGGGAAGGUGUUGGAAAUCGUUGAGAAGAAGAAUGGAGAGAAGUACGCGCUGAAGAUGCUGCAGGACUGUCCCAAAGCCAGACGUGAGGUCGAGUUGCACUGGCGAGCAUCACCCUGUGCUCAUAUUGUGCGUAUUAUUGAUGUAUACGAGAACCUCUACCAGGGCCGCAGAUGCUUACUCAUCGUCAUGGAGUGUAUGGAUGGCGGGGAGCUUUUCAGUCGGAUUCAGGACCGAGGGGACCAGGCGUUCACUGAGAGAGAGGCUUCAGAUAUCAUGAAGAGUAUUGGAGAAGCCAUCCUCUUCCUGCAUUCUGUCAACAUAGCACACAGAGACGUCAAGCCAGAAAACCUCUUGUAUACCUCAAAAAGACCUAACGCCGUCCUCAAACUCACAGAUUUUGGGUUUGCCAAAGAGACAACCACACUCAAUUCGCUGGCCACUCCAUGUUACACUCCCUAUUAUGUUGCCCCUGAAGUUCUUGGUCCAGAAAAGUAUGACAAAUCCUGUGAUAUGUGGUCUUUGGGUGUCAUCAUGUAUAUUCUGCUCUGUGGUUACCCACCUUUUUAUUCCAAUCAUGGCCUGGCCAUAUCACCUGGGAUGAAGAAGCGAAUCCGCAUGGGACAGUACGAGUUUCCCAAUCCCGAAUGGUCUGAAGUCUCAGAAGAAGCCAAACAACUCAUUAAGAGGUUGCUAAAGACGGAGCCUUCGAUGAGGAUAACUAUAUCAGAGUUUAUGAACCAUCCCUGGAUCAAUCAGUCGAUGGAAGUACCGCAGACCCCCUUGCACACCAGUCGUGUACUGAAAGAGGAGAAAGAUGUCUGGGAGGAAGUCAAGGAGGAAAUGACUAGUGCCUUGGCCACCAUGAGAGUGGAUUAUGAGCAGAUCAAAAUCAAGACCAUUGAGGACUCCUCCAAUCCACUGCUGAUGAAGAGGAGAAAGAAAGCCAACAUGGCCGCUGAAAAUCAGACAACCGACAGCUGAGGACAGUGUUGGUCUUGUGCAUCCAUAUAUGUGUAGGUUGAAAAGGGUUAUAAUAAGGAAGCAAUAAUUCAUUAAAAUAUGGCAACAUUAGAGGGAAUGGAAAUUAAAACCGAUUCUAAUCUUUUCUUUUACUGUUUUUUUUUUUUUUUUCUGGUUUUCUAAAGAAUUGUUUUUAUUACUCAGUCUUUGUAGCUAUUUAACCACUCUGCAUCAUGGAAAAGCCAUUCAGAGAUUUGGAAAGCCAAAAAAUUAUGCAAGUCCCAAAGGAGCUGAUGUCUGGAUUUGAUCAUUCGUAUUACAAUUGGUUUUAUUGUUGGAGAGAUGACAAAAGAGAAUGGAAUGUGUUUUGCCUUUUCUGCCCCCUCUCCAAAAAAAAAAAAAAAAUCAAAGCCAUUGGUACAUGUAUCACUUGUCACAGAUUUAUCUAAUUUCCUGUUAAUUUGUUUUGGCUGUGCGAUCCAAGAUUGACUCUCUCUUUUAAUGGGUUCUUCAGUUUGCAUGCACAUUUUCUCAGGUGCUUGUGAUCAGACUACCAGAGGAACUCAUGCCUUAUGCAAGCUUUCUCACAAAGUCCCCUCACUUCACUCCCCUUUCUCAGAAACACCCCAGCAUUUAAAAGGCUAAUCUGAAACAAGGGUCAUGUUGUUGUCAUCACUGACGUGCAGACAGAUAAAACUUGUUCUUGAAAUGACUUGUCGAAUGUAGACGAACUCUCUUCCUGACUGUGAAGCUCUUGGAACACCUCUCACACCGCUUCUUGAGGUCCAGUCAUUCAAAGGGGUUGGAUUUCUUCAGAGCUUCACAUUUCGUUUUGAGUGGCCUGCAUUGCUGCGGUUAUUCUGCUGGUUUUAUAGUGGAAUGUUUUGACUACUUCUGAGCAGAC